AUGGAGGAAACAACAAAGACCGCUUUCGAUGUACCAAAUGACAAUGAUACUCAAAGUGAUACACAAGAAUUCAAGCCAGAUGAAUCGACCAUUACGCGAGAACCCAAAACAAGAGGGAUAAUUACAUCCACACAAGAAUCGUCGUCGUUGCCAAUUAUUGAAAAAGAAAUUGAUGAUAAACGUUCAUCAUCAAAUAUUGUAGAAGUGAAUAAUAAAGAUUUAUCGUCAUCAUUUAUUGUUGAAGUGAAUGAUAAUAACAAUGAAAAUCGACCAUAUGCUGUUAAAGAUACGAAUGUAAAUGAGAGUUUCGACAUUAAUUUGUUGUGUUUUGAUGAUAAAGAUGAAGAUACUCUCUUGGCUGGAUAUGAAAAGGGAGAAAUACCAAAAGAGGAUGACAAGGAGAAUUAUACAGAUUUGCUAGGUUUCUUCGACGGAAUCAUUAAUAGCAACGAUAAUAUUGAAGAUGUCAAGAAUCAGGAUUAUGCUAUCGCUAUGAAUUCUCAAACUGACCUACUCAUCGAUUUAGGAGAUGAUGAAGCCGAGGACGAUUUUAAGGGGAAAGUAGAAUUUGACGAUAACGACAAUUCGAAUCAUAGGCCAAUUAUUGUUGCUGAUCAACCAAUCCCACUUGAAGAAGAAACUACCGCUACUAAAACGGACGCUUAUGAAAAUAAAGAUGAUAAUUAUGACCCUGACUCUGACUCUUGCAAUAAUGAAGAUUCUCUCGGCAUGGAAAUCGUUAGAGCUUUGGAAAAUCAUGAAGUAAUGCCCGAAAAACAAAUAUUCUGUGGUGAUAGCGAAAGCUCCGAUGGUGAUGAUGAAGUAACAUCAAAUAUAACGGACAUUUCGACGGAAGUUACUACGGCGGCGGAAAACCAAACAGAUUCGAUGUUGUUUCAUUUAGAAAUUGAGAGCGUUAGGAGGGAUAUCAAUGACAUUCAUACUUUGUUCGAAAUAGAAAAGAACACUAACCGAAUGAUUCAUGAUCAAAUUUAUACGAAAAUGGAAGAAAUUGAUAAGGUCAAUGAAUUAUCGAGGAACGUUUAUAAUCAACAUCAAAACGUGUCAAAUCAAUUGACAGAAUUUAGGUCAUCCCUGCAAAGUCUUGCCGUUCGUCUUAAAGAGACAGAAGCAACUGGUCUACUGAAUAAACGAGCCAUUGAUAAACAACGGGCAGAGUGCGAAACAACUUGCAAGAUUAUAGAUGAAAAAAUUAAUGACUCGAUACUGAAAUCAACAAAGUUCCAAGAAAUCCAAGACAAUGUCAAUGAAGUUGAGUCCCACCUCACCCAAAUACAAAAGACGGUUGAGAAGGAUAAAAUGCAUUACGAACAGAGAUUUAAAGAGGCCUUCACGCAUAUUGAUACGUUACAAGAAAAUCUUCAGAAAAUUGAAGCAAAUUUUUUUCAGUUUCAAGCAAAUUAUUUUCAGCUUAAAGAAACUCAAUUUCAAAAAGAAAAUGAAUCAAAAGAGAUUCAAUCCUUCUACAUAAAGAAUCAAAAAAUGCUCGAACAACGAAUUCACAAACAGAGGGUGGUUAUUGACGAACUGCAAUUACGCUGUGAUAAUCUCGAAAGUUUUCUGAAGCAUAUUGAUUCCAGAGAAAGGGAAGCAUGUAUGGGGUGUAAGGAAAUGGAAAAAAGAUAUUAUAAAUAUGAUACUUUUCUCAAAGAAGUUCAUACCGAAAUGCGGCUAAGAGCUGCCGAAGAAGAAGCCAAAUUCAAUGCCAUUUACCGGAAAGAUAAUGAACGAAGGGAUAAAAGGUUUGAAGAUUUACGCAGAGAACUUAUUCAGGACGCGACUAAACGGUAUGACGAUUUAACGAAGAAAUUCAAAAGUGAUAUCAAACAACUAAGAGAUGAUAUGGAAAAAUCGAAGUAUCAGCAAGAACGAAAACCCGCAGACUUGUUUGGUGGUGCGGCUUUGGCUUUGGUUUGCAUGAUUCUUGCGGGCAUUUUUUGGGCACUUACAUCUGAUUAA